AUGGACAUCCUAACUGAAAUCCUCCUCUUCGGACUCGCAGUCACCCUCCUAUCGGGCCUUUUCAUGCCCCUCAAACGCAAACUACCUAUAGGCUUUGCCUUUUUCUUUCGCCUCCCGCUCGUCAUAUUCUCCAUACUCCAUAUCGAUGCCCUGAAUCAGAACGUCUCAUCUGCAGACCCUACUCUCGCUGUCGUCGAACCGAUCUUAUGGUCCCAGGUUGAGCUGAACUAUGCCCUCGUUGCAUGUAGCGUGUUUUGUCUUCGGCCGUUCAUGGCGGCUGUUAGUACGAAUUAUGGGACGGCGGGCGAUACGAAUUUGGAGAGCGGGUCUACGUCGAGGACGGCGAAGGAUCAAUCUUCCUCGUCGAAAUCAGGGACUAGAGGGUUGCCUUCGGUGGUGGAUGGGAGGGAGAGAUGGCGUAUGUCACGGUCGGGAACAUGGUCGAAGACUCAUGAGCGGCUAGGGAGCGACGAAAGUGGUGCGCCGAAGGCUGGGCCUAUGGAUUCCUCUAUUGAGCUUGUGGAGAGGGAUGGGUCUGAUGCUGCUGAAUGUAGUGGUGGGAGGAUGUUUAUUCGGAAGGAUGUACAGUAUACGAUUGAGUUUGAUAGAAGGAAACUCUUUGCCUGA